AUGGCUAUCUUACCCACCAAAGACUACCCAAACAUUGCUUCAGGAGGGACGCAGGGCGAUGCCUCAAAGAUCCGCGUGGAAAAUCUCAUUGGAUUUGCAAGAAUACCACUUGGUCUCGCAGGGCCUUUGACCAUACACGGUGAACAUCAGAAGAACAAAGUGUACGCACCACUGGCGACCGUCGAGCCCACUCUCGUCGCAAGCUGUUCUCGUGGAUGCAAAGCGUUCGAAUCAAAUGGAGGCAUCCACGCUGUCGUUCUUUCUGAGGGCAUGUCUCGAGCUCCGGUGUUCCGCUUUGCAAGUCCCGUCGACGCAGUUUCCUUUUACCGACAGAUUCCUGGGUUGGAGGAAGAGCUGAGAUGUUGGGCCGAGGAUACAAGCAGGUUCGCCAAACUGGAGAAGGUGGUACCGCACCUUCUCGGCAAAGACGUUCACGCCAGAUUUGUUUACACUUGUGGCGACGCUUCAGGUCAGAACAUGUCGACUAUUGCUACGCACAAGGCAUGUCAGAAGCUGCUGGCCGCGCGUGGAACCGAGCUCAAGAUCAUCGACUUUCAACUCGAAGGGCAAAUGGCUAGCGACAAGAAGUUUGCAAACAUUCAUGUUUAUGAACCUCGCGGUGUCCAAGUUUUUGCCUGGGGCGUGCUUUCGGACGCAGUCUGCAAGGUUGUGCUUGGAAACUCUGCGGCCAGAAUCCAUGGCGCGGUCAUGAUUGGUCAACAAGGUGCCAUACGUGCUGGUAUGAUGGGAAGCAAUGUCAACGUCGCCAACAUCCUUGCAGCCAUGUUCAUCGCGUGUGGACAAGAUGCAGCUAGCGUAUUAGAAUCGGGAUGGGCUCAACUGACAUCCGAAUACGACAAUGAACGGGAAGAAUUGACUUUAAGUCUGUUCAUUCCAUCGCUGUUGAUAGGUUCAGUUGGGGGUGGCACAAUGUACAGCACGCAGAAAGAGGCGCUGGAAAUGGUAAAGUGUGCUGGAGAUGGAAGGAAAUGGGCUCUUGCGGAGACCAUGGCUGCGUUCGCGCUGGCACUUGAUGUCAGCACGGUCAGUGCUAUGGCGGAUGAUAGCUUUGCAAGGAGUCAUGAACGUUUGGCAAGGUCCAGCAAGAUAUGA